AUGAAGCUGUUUCUGCUGUUUGUGGUAGGUCUGAGUUUGACCGAACAGGCUUCAACCCAGGACAGUUGUGGCCAGAGGUUCCUGGUUGGCCCUCCAGCUGAGUCUCGGAUCGUGGGAGGCCUGGAGGCUCCAGAGGGGGCGUGGCCCUGGCAGGUCAGCAUCCAGAUCUAUUUCAGCCAUCACUGCAGCGGGACGAUCCUAAACAAUCUAUGGGUGCUCACUGCCGGUCACUGCUUCAGCAGAAUCCUAAAUCAUUUCAGCCUAAGAUAUUUGCAUGUGGUGGCAGGACUAUCCAUGUUAUCUACCCCUGGAGAAUACGUACAGAUCCACCCUGUUUCUGAGAUCAAAAUCCACAAGGACUUCGAUGAGGAGUCAGGUGACUACGAUGUGGCCCUGCUGCUCCUUGUCUACCCCCUGAAAUUCACUGAUCAUGUCCAACCCAUCUGCACUCCUGACAGUGUGACACACGAGUUUCUCUUCAACUUCACCAACUGCUUCAUCACUGGAUGGGGCAGCAUGUUUCACAAAGGUCCUCCUGUGAACACACUACAGGAAGCUGAGGUGGAGCUCAUCGACACAGGAACAUGCAACUUGGACACCUGGUACUCGGGUCUUAUCACUGAAAACAUGAUCUGUGCUGGACUGAAGAGCGGGGGAGUCGAUACGUGUCAGGGUGACAGCGGGGGCCCUCUGCAGUGCUACAGUGAGGAUGAGGAGAGGUUCUACGUGGUCGGAGUGACCAGUUUUGGGGAUGGUUGUGGACUUCGUUUCAGGCCGGGGGUCUACGCUCGGACCACCAGGUUUUCAGACUGGAUAAAGGAGACUCAGGAAGAUGUGUCUGUCAUGAGUGGACACAAAACUGAAAGAACAGACAUGAAACUGGUCUCAGUUCUGCUCAUUUUGGUUUUGAAGCUGCUCUGA